GCUGAGACUUGCCCAAGACUGGGUUUCAUGGCUAAAUGGGAACUCAAACCCUGGUCUUCCCUCAAUUGAGUUCAUGGAUGAGCUGGGAAUCGAAAGGAUCCUCAAGGCUGCAGAGAAGGUGAUGUCUCUGUUUGGAAAGUACUACUAGGCGAGGUUGGAAGCGAAACUUGGAAGAGCUUUGUGGCUGGCAAGGGAUUGGUGGAAAACUUUGGUGGAACAUGUCGAAUGAGAUUGAUUUCAGGUCUGUGCGCCUCCUGAAGAAUGACGGGAUGGGCUUCCAGAAGUACUCCUGUAUGAAUGAAGACGAGGCUUGGAAAAGUUACCUGGAGAACCCUCUGACGGCGGCCACCAAAGCUAUGAUGCGGGUGAACGGAGACGAUGAGAGCGUGGCUGCCUUGAGUCUCCUCUGCGACUAUUACAUGAUUCCAAAGGAAAAGCGCUAUGUCCAGUCUGGAACAACGGGACGCAAUGACAAUGGGAAAAGGCACUGCCAUGUGAUGGAUUACGACCCAGACAUUUCAUCCUUUGAAAACUCGGCUCACAUCAUGAAGCUCCUGGCUGAGAACGUCUCCAUGAACCAAGAAUAUCCUGAGCUGCCCAAGAAGAAUGGGAUGGGUCUGGAGGGCAUCCCCUCUCCUCACAAGCCGCCUGCCUUGCCUCCUGGCACCAGCAAGCUGGAAACCAACCCUGAGAACUACAUGAUCACCUCCGGCGACGUGUAUGACAACGGCUCCCUCAAUUCCCUCUUCGACGCGAUCCACGUGGCCCCACCGCAGCAAAGAUGGCAACCGGACAGCACAUUCAAAGAGGACCCCCAGGAGUCCCUGAUCUUCAGUGACAUCCUAAAGACCCCGACAGAAGCCCCCUGUUCAGAUGGUUAUCCUCUCAGUGAUGCCAAAAGUGACUUUGAAUACACCUUGGGAUCUCCUAAAGCUAUUCACAUCAAGUCAGGGGACUCGCCCAUGGCCUACCUCAACAAAGGACAAUUUUACCCAGUUACACUGAAGACGGUUGGAGAUGCCAAAGGUUUACACUUGUCCUCAAGUAAAGUGAAGAGCGUUGUGAUGGUGGUUUUUGACAAUGAAAAGAUUCCAAUGGAGCAGCUCAAGUUCUGGAAGCAUUGGCACUCGCGGCAACCUACAGCCAAACAGAGAGUCAUCGAUGUUGCUGACUGCAAAGAGAAUUUCAACACCGUGCAACAUAUUGAAGAAGUCGCUUACAACGCUUUGUCCUUUGUCUGGAACAUUGCUGAAGAAGCAAAGGUGUUUAUUGGGGUGAACUGUUUGAGCACAGAUUUCUCCUCCCAGAAGGGCGUCAAGGGUGUCCCGUUGAACCUCCAGAUAGAUACGUACGACUACAGCACUGGGACAAACCGGCUUGUCCACCGAGCCGUCUGCCAGAUCAAAAUAUUCUGCGAUAAGGGAGCAGAGAGGAAGAUGCGGGAUGAUGAACGCAAACAGUUCAGGAGGAAAGGGAAAUGUCUGGACGCUAAUAAUAAUGGUCUGAAAAGCUGCUUGGUGUCAGGCUUCAGAGGCAACGAAAUCACUUAUCUCAAGCCCCAGGCUGAUUUGGAAACGCAGCCGGUCUUAUUUAUCCCAAACGUCCAUUUUUCAAACCUCCAGAGAUGUGGAACGGUUUUACCAACUGCUGGAGUCCCACAUGACCCUAGCAGGUUGCCUUUGAAGCGGAGUUGUCCUUCGUUCCCAGAUGAAUUCGACCCAUUAGCUUCAAAACAAGCCAAAGAAGAAGACCCCCAGCGAGUCUUGCUCUACGUCCGGAGAGAAUCGGAGGAGGUUUUCGACGCUCUCAUGCUGAAGACGCCAGACCUGAAAGGCUUGAGGAAUGCUAUUUCAGAAAAAUACGGUCUACCUGAAGAAAGCAUCUAUAAAGUCUACAAAAAAUGCAAAAGAGGAAUCCUAGUGAACAUGGACAACAACAUCAUUCAGCACUACAGCAACCACAUGGCUUUCCUGCUUGACGUGGUCGAAGCCGAGGAGAAGUUCCAGGUGACGCUCAAGGAGCUCUGAAAGUGCUUAGAAGACGGCACUUUUUUCCUGGGAUGUCACUUGUGAAGCAAAGGACUUCAAACGCCACCCUCCCGGCCAAUGCCAUCGGCUCAGAAAUCUUGACUUGAACACAGUCCCAUUUGGGUGGAAAAGUAUGAGAGAGACUGAGAGAGAAACAGAGACAGAUCGCAUGGCUCCAUGUGUGAAGAGCGUUGGAAGAUCCAUUCUCAAUGUGAACGUGGAACUUCGACCUACUGAGUUCUUUAUUGUUAUUAUUAUUAUUAUUAUUUUAUACUUUAUUAUUAUUAAUAUUAUUAUUAUUACAAUCCUCUGCCAGGCGAGGGUUUUUGACCCAUUUUUACCGUUUCCCACUCAGGAAAGCACUGAGUUCUGUCAGUCAAUGGACUAGGCAAGAAAACAAUUCUGUGACUGUCUCUUUUCCCAAACAAUUUUGUCUUGGUUUCGACGCAGCGGCCAGCAAUGGGCAAAACGAAAGCAACUGUUGUGCUUGAAUUGUCGGACUAUUUGAAAGAAACGGCAGAUGCUUCCAGCUGGAGAGCUCUUAGCACUACAAUGCAAAAGGCAUUGUGUGCCGAUUCCAUCUUUUAUUUUAAAUUUAAUGGAUUUUUGGAGGUAAGAAAAAGGAUGGAAAAACCAAGAGGAAAACGCAGAAAGGAAGAUACUGCCAUCUGGAUCUCUCCAUUGGUGAAUAAGGUGGACCAAGUGCACUCUAAAAGCCAUGUCUGGAAGCAACCCAUCACCGCUGUGCCGGUCCGAGCGUUGGCAUACACACACCUACACACAACACACAUCAACACACAAACACACACAUCUUUGGACUGCCUUACUUCUUGCCCUCAGAACCUUGCAUGUAAAUACCCCCCGAAGACGUACUUGGCGAGAGGAACUGUUUUAUACAUUUCCAAUCCCCCCCCUUUUUGUUGUUGUUGUUGCUGGCUGGUUAUUUUAUAAAUACAUAAAUGUGUGCGCGUUUGUGUAACCAGAUCUUGUUUUAUAUUGAACACGACAUGGAGGAAGGUAGAGCAUUUCAAAACCAGGCUGCUUCACAUUUCCCCAGAAUUAUCUUUG